CACGGAGAUAACUGUACAUCCCCGGACAUGCAAAAAGUUUGAGCAAAGUACUUUUGCACACAGAGAGGAAACAUGUCUAGACGUCAAGAAGCGAGUCAAGAGCUCACAGAAGUGCUCAAUGAACUCUGGCGCCUGGACACCAACCGUCUCAAACCAGGAGAAGACUACAUCAUCUCUCUACAAGGCAGAGCAGGUUAUGUGCCGCAGGGCAGUAACUACGCCAGAGACAGAGCCAGAGACCCACUGUUUAAAUAUGUGGACACAGACAAACUCAGGCACAUCGAGACAUACGCACAUUUCAUCAACCUCUUGGACAACUACGAGAUGUCGACUGGAGUGGGAGAGACUGUCACCACCGAGGAGAUGAAGGAGAUGAGGCUGUUUAUCGACGCCAUCGUGGACACUGAGGUCAUGAAGUACGCUCACAAAUACUUGGUGAGAAAAGGCCAGUCCUCGUCAAACAUCAUGGAUUUUAAGAGGCAGCUGUACGACAUCUGGUUUAGACUUUACCACAGACAGAGAGGAGACGGGGAGGAUUCGAGUGGAUUCGAGCAUGUUUUUGUGGGAGAGACUAAAAACCACAAGGAGAUCAUGGGCCUUCACAACUGGGUCCAGUUCUUCCUCCAGGAGAGACACGGACAUGUGGACUACAAGGGCUACAAAGCACGAGCCAACAAGGAUACACCCGAUGAGGAUGAUCACGUCCUAAACUUGCAGUUCAGUUGGAGGGGGCUGGUCAAACCGGUGGCGGGGUCUUUUAUCGGAGUGAGCCCCGAGUUUGAAGUGGCUCUCUUCACCAUCAUCUUCCUCAUGUCCAACGAAAAGAUGACUUCUGUCGUGGUGAAAAUCGAUGAGUAUGUGUUAGAGCUGGUUGUUUAUCGUUACGGGAGAUCGAUCGGCACGUCUUACCCCGUGUUACUCAGCAGCAAUCACAGGGAUCUGUAGAGAAGGUCAAAUGUACAGGGAACUUUUUGCGUUUAUACUCAGGCUGAAAGAUUUGGGAAAAAUAUUUAGCAGUGAUUUUUCUGACAAGAGGUUGAGAUUAGAUUUGCAAUUUGUUUUAAAAGUUCUAAUGUUAUAAUGUUGUUACCUUCUCAAAAACAUACCUGAAGUUGUAUUUUGGGUCCGUGUACCAUUCGUUCUUUUGAAUUUCAAUUAAGAAUGAUAAACAAUAAAAUGGGAAAACUAUUUGUUAUUUCAUUAUUCUGUUUUAGCAACCAAAAAAAAAAAAGAAAACAGAUCCAUUUCCAAUAUUUAAUUUGAAGUUAAUUUCAAAUAACACCAAUCAAAAGAAAUGGUCUUGGUGACAAUUUUAAUUUUGAUAUUUUAUUCUCUUCUAGCAGCAGAACUCCUGGGGCAUAUAAACCAGAGAGAAUAAAAUAUAAAAACUGAAAAAAGCACCAAGACUGUUUUUUUUUUUUUUUGAUUGGUGUUCUUUGAAUAAAUCUUUAAAUUAAAUAUUGGAAACAGAGGUUGAAAUCUUUUUUUUUUUUUUUUUACACUAAAGCGGAAUAAUGAAAUAACUGUUUUCCCAUUUUAUUGUUUUUCGUUCCAAAAUGAAAUUCAAAAGAACAAAUGAUACGGACCAUUUUGUUUCAUUCACACGUCCGAGUAAUCCUUGUUUAUUAGUCCAUCUACGUCUUCAAAGUUCAAAAUGCUCUGUUCUACAUUGUGAUGUCAAGUAGUGGUAGUUUUCAAGUUAAGAGCUACUUUUUUACCUUUUGUUUUGUAGAGAUUGGCAAUUCCAGGGCUGAAAUUAUCCAAAUUAUUCUAGUGAAUGGCAAUGGAGUUUAAAAACACAAUGGAGCACUUCUUGUAUUACCACAUGAUGUCACAAGGUGGAACAGAGUGAUGUUAUGGUAAUUCCGCUCAUCCUAAAUACGCAGGUUUUAUGUGUUAAACAUGUGUGAAUGAAACAAAACUCCAGGUCUGUUUUUGAUUCUGAAACAACAUUAUAACAGAAAAGAAAAUAGCACAAUGUGGGCACUUUACUUACGAUUACUUACUGUUUAAAGUUCAUAUUUUAAACAUGUUCAGAAGAACUGACAAAAAGACUAAAAUAUUAAAUGAAAAACAAAUGCGCUAAUCACAUUUCAGAACAUGUUUGUACAGAUUUAAAGUACAGCGUUAGAAGUUUUAAUUGAGAUAAGAUAGGUUAUUGUGUUGUUUUUGGAGGAAAUUUACAAUUUGUGCCCUUUCAAAUUGCGAUUUUGAUUCGAUUGCGGCCCAUUGACACAUUCAUCACAUCAAAAUUUACCCUAACCUGGGACCAAAUCUGAAACUAGACCUAGACUAGACCAGGACUAAACCAGGAUUAGAACAGGACCAAACCAAAAGCCUACAUCAGGUCAAAACUGAGCUCAGACCAGGAGUGUGAACGCAUCUAAUUUAACUGUACAAGCUUAGCAAUUAUUUAUAUACGCUAUCUAUCAUUUGCAUGGCUUAAAUGUGCACUAGGUAACUUUUUUGUUUUUGUGACCUGCUUGUUUCCGUGGAGAUGUGAGUGCUUUGCCUGGAAGGUUCCAUGUAUUUGUCUUCAUUUAUCUUGAAUCUAUUAAAUUUCAGGUGUUGUUACUGCUCGACAAAUAAUGUUUUCUUAAUGUGAGCAGGGUCAAUUCCACAAAUAUGACCACCUGAUUGUUUCCACGGAGAUGAAUGAAUUAAAUGCCAUACUGUGGAAUAUCCCUGGCAAAGCAAUAACAAAGACGGACCUUUAAUUGCUGAGUAUAAUCCAUUAUAUGAUGUUUCUUUGCACUAUGAUAAAAUAUUGCAUGUAGACGUUUUAGUACAAACAUUUGCAUCAUUUAGAAGCACCUGUAUGCUUGUAUAUUACAUUUUAUUGUAAUUUCUCAUUUUGCAAAAACUGUUGUAAUGUAAGUUAUUAGUCUGUAGCAUUUCAAAAAAACAUUCAACCCCAUCCAGACUCUUAACAACACCAAAAAGCUGGAAUUGUCAUGGUUGAAUGUGAACCACAUUUUUACGUUUGUCAUUUGCCUGUAACAAUUUUGUUCUUAUAAAAUAUAAAACUGAAAUUAAAGUUUGUUAUUAUUGUUGGAA